UUUGUCCUCCCCAAUCAAUGAUGGCGGCAUCGGCUUCUUCCUCCCGGUCCUCUUAGCCUAUCAGCGAUGCGGGAUUGCCUCUCUCAGCCGGACGUGACGUAAUUUCUAGUCCAAAAGCGGGACAGACAAGACUUGAUGGAGGAGGGUUGUUGACAGGGAAGCCAUGGUCGGGGCUCGGACUGGGACAGCUGGCUGCUUAUGACACCCCCCCCAGUAUCGGUCCUGACCCCUCACCGAGCUGGGUGCUGCCCGCCCAGGGACACUGACAGCCACACAACAUGGAGGAGCAGAAGGAGAACAGGCCGCUGCAUGCAGGCCACCCAGAGGCGGACGAUCUGUGCAGGAGGAUGGCGAAGCACAUGGAUCUCAAUGGAGGAGUGAGUGGGAGCUUUAUACGUUGUCUCAUUGAAAGGAUUAGGGGUCAGUGUGUGGGUGAGGAGAGAAAGGGGUCCAGUGUGUGGGUGAGGAGAGAAGGAUUAGGGGGGUCUGUGUGUGGGUCAGUGUGUGGGUGAGGAGAGAACUUGGGGAGCUGGGGUCUGUGUGUGGGUGAGGAGGCUGGGGGGGUCUGUGUGGGUGAGGAGAGAGCUGGGGGUCUGUGUGUGAGGGAGAGAGCUGGGGCAGGGGGUCUCUGUGUGUGGGUGAGGAGAGCUGGGGGUCUGGGUACUAGGUCAGGAGAGGAGCUGGGGGUCUGUGUGUGGGUGAGGAGAGCUGGGAGGGGUCUGUGUGUGGGUGUGAGGGAGAGAGCUGGGGAGAGCUGGGGGGUCUGUGUGGGGUGAGGGGAGAGAGAGCUGGGGGGUCUGUGUGUGGGUGGGUGAGGAGAGAGCUGGGGUCUGUGUGGGUGAGGAGAGAGCUGGGCGGGGGUCUGUGUGUGGGUGAGGAGAGAGCUGGGGGCUGUGUGUGUGGGCCUCAGAGAGAGCCGGGGGCCCAGGGGGCAGGAGGAGAGAGAGCUGGGAGAGAGAGCUGGGGGUCUGUGUGUGGGUGAGGAGAGAGCUGGGGGUCUCUGUGUGUGGGUGGGAGAGGAGAGGAGCUGGGGGGUCUGUGUGGGUGAGGAGAGAGCUGGGGGUCUGUGUGGGUGAGGAGAGAGGGUGAGGGAGAGCUGGGGGGUCUGUGUGGGUGAGGAGAGCUGGGGGGGGUCUGUGUGUGGGUGUGUGUGGGAGAGGGAGCUGCUGGGGGUCUGUGUGUGUGGGUGAGGAGAGAGCUGGGGGGUGGGGUGAGGAGAGUGCCAGCUGGGGAAGUGGGGGUCUGUGGUGAGGAGGGAGAGCUGGGGGUCUGUGUGUGGGUGAGUAGAGAGCUGGGGGGUGUGUGGGUGAGGGAGACUGGGGGGUCUGUGUGUGGGUGAGGAGAGAGCUGGGGGUCUGUGUGUGUGGGUGAGGGAGAGGGAGGCUGGGGGAGGAGAGAUGUGUGUGGGUGAGGAGAGAGCUGGGGGUGUGUGUGGGUGAGGAGAGAGCUGGGGUCUGUGUGGGUGAGGAGAGAGCUGGGGGGUGGGUGAGAGGAGAGAGCUGAGGAGAGAGCUUGGGGGGGUCUGUGUGUGGGUGAGGAGAGAGCUGGGGGUCUGUGUGUGUGGGUGAGGAGAGAGCUGGGGGUCUGUGUGUGGGUGGAGGAGAGAGCUGGGGGUCUGUGUGUGGGUGAGGAGAGAGCUGGGGGUCUGUGGGGGUGAGGAGAGCUGAGGAUGGGGGUUUUUAGGAUCUGUCACUGUGAAUGGGAACACCAUGUCAGGUGUUCAGAUUUUUUUUUUCUCCUGUAGGCUUUGCUCACCCCUCAGUGUUUAGGUAUACCUGCAGAGAUUCGUUGCUAUUGUACAGUGUAAAUAAUAUUUUCAAUAUGUUAAGUUGUAAAUGAAACAAACGUUGUGACAGUGGAUCAGAUUGUCGUUUCCCUGGACUUCUGAUACUAUGUUUACUUAUUCAACGCUAAACACCCGAACCACAUAAGCCUAAUGUAGUGAUUGUUGAGUAUAGGUUCUGGCACUGCAGGGCUCUGAUUUGUAAAUAUUGCCUUUUCUGAGGCAUUUGUCCCUAAUGAUACUUCUACUGAGAGCCACUGAAAGUACUUCAUAUUAUAUUACUGCAGUCUGUGCAGGGCAGAUAUUUGUUGCACUCACACUCUGCAUGAAGACCCGAACUAGAGGUGCUUCUUGUAGAUUCACAAAGUUUGACUCCGUGUAUCGAUUCUGGACAUCCUCACUCUUUGCAUGAGGAUGUCCAGCAUGUUGAAAAACCCCAUAGGAAAGCAGGGAGUCCCAUCACCCCCAUUGACUGAUGUCUGCAGAGAAGGAGGCAGAACCAGCGCUGGAAUCAGGUAAGCAAAGAAAUGAGCAUGUCUGUCCAUAAGCAGGAUUUGUCUCCUUUAGAAAUGUCUCCAAAUGUCGCAAGAUGGAUGUUACAGUAAUGCUACUGUGUGGGAAGUAAUAUAGUAACUGUUCCUAAAGCAAUUCAGAAUGGGGUUUGAAUGUUGCAUUCUUCCUGAUACAUAGUACAAAUAAAACACAACUUCUUCCUCUAAAAUGUAUUUUUUUUUUUUUCUUAUAAAAUUGAUAACAUUUGGCGACUGGCUGUGACUUUAUUACGGAUUUCCCUAACAAUAAACCAUAACUUUAAACCAAAAUCAAAUAUACAUUUAUGGCUCCUGGCUUUAAGAGGCACAGCCUGGAAAUGGCUAUUUCCAACCAAAUAAACAAAUUCCACCCUCCUGUGAUGACCAGGCUUAUAGGCCAAUGCCACCGAGCUUCUGGGCAAACAAACUAUGUGGGCCCCCCCAUAGGCCAUGGCCAUAACCACCAGAGACUGAAGACUUUAAAUUAAAUAUUACCAAACUUAUGACUGACAAAUUAAUCACAUUGCGCCUAUACACAUCUGUGCAACUGCCCUCAAUAACUAUAGAAACAUAGAAUGUGACGGCAGAUAAGAACCAUUCGGCCCAUCUAGUCUGCCCAAUUUUCUAAAUACUUUAAUUAGUCCCUGGCCUUAUCUUAUAGUUAGGAUAGCCUUAUGCCUAUACCACACAUGCUUAAACUCCUUUUACUGUGUUAACCUCUACCACUUCAGCUGGAAGGCUAUUCCAUUCAUCCACUACCCUCUCAGUAAAGUAAUACUUCCUGAUAUUAUUUUUAAACCUUUGUCCCUCUAAUUUAAGACUGUCCUCUUGUUGUGGUAGUUUUUCUUCUUUUAAAUAUAGUCUCCUCCUUUACUGUGUUGAUUUCCUUUAUAUAUUUAAAUGUUUCUAUCAUAUCCCCCCUGUCUCGUCUUUCCUCCAAGCUAUACAUGUUAAGAUCCUUUAACCUUUCCUGGUAAGUUUUAUCCCGCAAUCCACGAACCAGUUUAGUAGCCCUUCUCUGAACCCUCUCGAAGGUAUCAAUAUCCUUCUGAAGAUACGGUCUCCAGUACUGUGUACAAUACUCCAAGUGAUGUCUCACCAGUGUUCUGUACAGUGGCAUGAGCACUUCCCUCUUUCUACUGCUAAUACCUCUCCCUAUACAACCAAGCAUUCUGUGUGCCUAUCUGAACGCAUCCCUGAUGUUGGCAAAAACUUUUCUAGCAUUCUGUUGAAUUUUUUCUGCACCCUUUUCGAUAGCAAUUCCUUGCUAUAAUUCUGACCAAAUAAAAUGAACUAAUGAAAAAUUUUGUGCUACAAUGUCGUCGAUACCUCCUAAAUUCACUAUUAAAUCUGGAUAGGUAAAAAUUUGAUAAAUUUUUUUUUUUUACUUUUCCAAUAACUGACCACGUAGCAUCACAGAUGCCUAGCCAAAAUAUUUUUAACUGAAGUGCUCUUGAAACCCAGAUUCUCGACAUGUGUGACCACUUGGCACCACAGGUGCUUUUCAAAAUAUUUUAACUGAAGUGCUCUUCGUAUGCUCCUGUGCCCUUUUCUGGGCCCAAACUACAAACGAGUGACCAAUAACCCAGGCAAUCGCCAGCUUCAGGAAGAGAGAUAUUAUAUGCACCAAUUCUAUGAAACAUCAUAACUUUGAACUAGUUACCACUUGCACAUAAGGAAUUUCUUAAUCAUGUGGGUUUUUUAACAAAUGAAGUCUGAUUGAGAGAUAGAUAGAUAUAUCUUCCAAUCUUUGAAUGAUACCUUCACUUAAAACACACCUUGCUGCUUCCGUUGCAGCUCCUAUUCUGAAGGAAUUGUGAUUUAAUAAUGCUCUUUGCCUAAACUUUAAUUUAUCCAGGCAUACCUUAAAACUUUUAUUAAUUGACAUUUAGUUAGCGGGCUAGAACCAAUGUGCAUAAAGAAUGGACCUUCCACUCUUGGCCGUAAUAACUAUUCUUCUGUCACUCUCACUGGGCUCAUGAUUGAGCCUUGAAUGAGAUCAGACCACUGGACGUACAGGAACAGAGGGGGUUGAGGGCCCUGCUCGAUGAGCUUACAUGCUAGAGGGAGUGGGGUAUGGUGACACAAAGGGUUAAAGUAGGGGAAUUAAAUAGUUUCUUAGAGAAGGGUUUGAUUGGUAGGUCAUUUUUGACAGUUACAGGAAAGGAGUCAUGGGGUGGGGGAUGAGAAACUUGCUGACAGUUUAAUUGAUGCGCUUUAAUGAUGAAGUGAAUUUUCAAAGGUGUGUGUGUUUUUUUGUUUUUUGUUUUAAUGGAGUGGAGGCUGAUUGAGGAGGGAAAGGAGUUCCACAGAAUAGGUGUAGCCCUGAAGAAGUCUUGAAGGUGAACAUCAGAGGUGGGGAUCCGGGCAGAGGAUAGGUGUAGGUCUUGGGCUGAGCGCAGGAGUCUCGACGGGACAUACUUGUGUAUGAGGGAGGAUAAGUAUGUUGGAGCAGCAUUAUGUAGGGAUUUGUAAGCAAGUGCCAGAAUUUUAAAUUGGGCCCUAUAUCUAACUGGAAGCCAAUGCAGGGACUGACCGAGCGUGGAGGUGUGGGAGGUGCGGCCGGACAGGAAAAUAAGCCUCGCAGCUGCAUUCGUUAUAGAUAGCAGCAGUGCAAGCUGAGAACAUGUAAGACUAGUGAGAAGGGAAUUGCAAUAGUCAAGGCGAGAGAGAACAGCAUGAACCAGUACCUUAGCCGCGUUAGGUAUGGGCGGAUGCGCGCUAUGUUCUUGAGUUGGAAGCGACCUAAUGACAACCAUCUCUUUUACCUUCUAAACAAACUUCUAAAUAAAACUAGCUCCAAGGGUGAAUAACCUAGUACUUUCAAAACUUAAAAUAACUGAUAAUUCCAAAAAGGGCCCUAAAUCAGAGCUUGACAAAUUUGUUUGGAAUCUAGGAGCCAGCUAAAAAAGUUAAGAGCAAGUUUGUUUUUAUUUUUUUUAAACUAGCGAAGUUUAAUUUAUGAGAAAUAUACAAUUCUUAAAGAGACACUAUAGUCACCAGAACCACUACAGCUUAAUGUAGUUGUUCUAAUGCCUGUAGCCUUUUUAAUGUAAACACUGCCUUUUCUGAGAAAAGGCAGUAGUAACAGUGAGAGGAUAUCACUGUAUUCUCCAUAUCCUAUCUUUUUUUAUUGAUUUACUUAAAUGAAAAACCAGAGGGGAACUUUCACACCCUAACAUAUAAGUUUCUUUCACUCUAACCUCCUCCCACACAGACUGCAUCACUUUAGGACUACCUGUGAUGGUUUCCUUGCCUUUGACCCAAGCUCUCGCUAAAUGUCUGUAAUAACUUUGGUAAUCUUUUCAAGUUAAGAAUCUACCUCACCUAAAACCGCAUUAUUCCGUUUUUUUUUGGGGUUUUUUGGUUUUUUUUUUUUUUUGGUUUUUUUUUUUGUGACUCACCCAGCUCAUGACUGUGACCCAUGGCGUCCUGGGCAGCUUCACUCUCUUCACACAGCUUCUUUUGUUCAGAUUUCCUGCUUUUGUUUCUACUGCCUCUUCUUGCUUCUUAUGGGAGAUGGUGAAAAGUAUCCCUGGAUUUUCUAAUCCUUGCCUCAUGAAUCUUGCAGGAGUCACUCUCAUCAAAUCUUCUUGCACUGGCCCCGUAAUUGUGGGAGGGAAAUAGCCCGCACACUCCUCAAUUUGUAAUCUCCUCCUGCAGUUCAGCCCCUUCCUCUUUAACUUGUUCAGACCUUUAAAUUUAUACCCCGCAGUUCCUGCUGCUAGGUAGCUCGUGCUGCAAUUAGCCACUCAGGAACCCUACCUGAGGGCAAGCUUCCCGCCAAACCCAGCUGCACGCAUUGCACUGCGCCUGACACCUGGCUAGCGCUACCUCCGUGCACUCACCUGAUACCCACAAACCUCUGCCCCAUCAAAUCCCAUGAACCUGCUCCUUCGGAGUCUGCCCGCCUGGCAUAUCCUUUCUCUUUAGGACAAGUGACCUAGUCAUUGUUUAGGAGCUGUUAAACUUUAAUUGUUCGAUAGAAACAAAAUACAACUUCUUGCCAUUUUCUAGCAGUGACCCUCAUGCACACUACAUCAUUGAGUUCAAAGGUCUUUUCUUCCUUUACAUUAAAAGGUUCCAACGUGACCAUUUCAACACUGAAAAACCAUCAGAUCCUGGAGUGGUAAAUUGGACUAAACUCACCCUAACUUGCUUAGAUGAACUUUUUUUUUUUUUUUUUAUAAUCUGUAGCUUCUUACCCUAAAUCCCCCUUUUAAUAGGGUUAUUGCAGGUACCUGUGUGUACUCUUACACAACAGACAUUCAGGGUACCACUGUGUGCACUAUUUGCCAUUUCAGUUAUGAAUUAAAGUAAAAUAAUCAUGGAAUAUUGUUAUGGAAAGAACACACUGGCUUUCUUGCAUUACUCUGAAAUCUUUAAUGAUCAAGCGAAUCUCAAGGUUUUUUUUUUUUGUUUUUUUUGCUUGCAGGUAAAGCAGAAGAGUAGGUUGGAUGGUCAAGAGCCUACAUUGAUCACAUCGAUCACUUCUUGCGCUAGUAACUUCAGUGACCCUGUCUAUAAAGAAAUAGCCAUUUCAAAUGGUUUUGUUAACAGAAUGAGUAAGGAUGAGCUGAAAACAAAACUUGCAGAGUAUAAGCUUGACACUAGGUAAGUCUGUUUGUGGCACAAAGAUUUGUUUAUUUUAUAUUAAAUGAUCUGCCACAGAUAUCACAAAAGCAGAGGUUCCCUAACUAGUUGCAUUCAGAAAUAAAUGUUACUGCAUAUAGUAACAUUCUAUCACUACAACUUACCAUGUAUUUUCUCAAACGCUUGUGUAAAUAAAACAGUGAAUCUUUAAUGUGUUGUCUGCGACAAAGUCGCGCUUUACAUUUUCCUGAAUAAAUCACUUCGUAGUGCCUGGGGAGUUGUGAACAAUGUCUCUGCUACAGUAUAUCACAGCAACAGCCCACUAACACCAGUGACAAUACUGCUGAUGUGAUAAUAGGAAGGUAGAAUAAACUGCCGAGUUAGUGUCAGUAUGUUUGUCUGUGUAUGGACAUGUUGGCCGGGGCUUGACAAAUCCUACUCAACAUAGUAUCGCAAAUGGGGCCUAGUGUCCACAAUUUAUCUCCCAGUUGGUCAAAAAAUGUAUCAAAACAUCUUAUCUGACAUAUACAUAGUGCUUACAUCAUCCUCCAUGUAUGGCCAAAGGUGAGGUUGAGCGUUGAUUGGUCUAUAGCACUGUCAAUUGUGUUAGGAGUUACGAUUUUCUACGUGGGUAAAAGUUUCUUUAUGUAUUUGUGUGACUGUGCCAAUGGCAUAACUGACACACAAAUCCUGGGUCCUUAUCCUAAACUGUAGUGCUCUUGUGGCCAAAGAUAGAACAGUGAGGUUCUUUUUUUCGAGCACUCUCUCCCUUGUGAGUAGUACAAUACAGGAUGCAGAGUUCUGAUCACUCAGUAUUUUUUGGCUAUAUCACUAGCAAUGAGCUAUGGAGGAGAGGGGGUGGGGGUUGAAUCACACCUCUCCUGCUCCACAGAGGAAAGGGAAACUGUAGAGAACACAUUAUACACUUCAAACUUUUAUACAUUCUAUAAUGUGGAAAACAAAUAUUCCUUUUUACCUAAACGGAUCUUGUGCCAGUUUCAUCCUAUAGAUAGCCAGAACUCUUCUAAACUGCCUAAUAAAAAAAAAAAAAAAGAAGAAAAUUGCAUGUGUGUAUAUUUAUGUCUCAAACUGUAGACUCCACACUUGAAGUCUCAAUUAUUAAAUGACUUGCCUUGGUGAUGAAACUUGGGUCAAAUCAAUAUAAAACCAAAAAAAGAAAGCAAUGGUAGGUUUUGAUAAGCGUUGUUCAGAUCUAAAAUGUUGAUCCAUCUUCUAGUAUGUUGUGGGGGUUUUUUUUUUUUUUUUCUUCUCCUUUCCUCUCCCACCCCACCCUGACUAAACUUUAUUUUGCAUGUUUGUUUUAAUCCAGUGGUGUAAAAGAUGUGCUCAGAAAGCGCCUGAAGAAUUACUACAAAAAACAGAAGCUAACGCAUGUUGUGUUAAAGGAUUCAAGCAGUCAGGAUACUUAUUAUGACUACAUUUGCGUCAUAGACUUUGAGGCCACCUGUGAAGAAUGUAACAAGCCAGACUACAUCCAUGAGAUCAUUGAAUUCCCCAUUGUUUUGGUCAACACAAAGACUUUGGAAAUUGUAAGAUUUUAAGGGAAUAUAUAUUGUACCUGGCCUAAUGUCAACUCAAGGUGAAAAAUCUGCCUUUCUUUCAAAUCCUUUUAAAACACUGGGAGGGGCCUGUGAAUUUUUAUACUCAACAAAAUAUAUGUAUUCUGCUUUCAUAUGGGCUGUUUGAAUGCGCACCCACAGAGGGAGCCUGGUGCUGGAGAAAGGUAAGUGGCUGAAGGGGUUUUAAUCCAUGUGGCCCUGAGGGUGGGGGGGACCUAAUGACCCUAUAGUGCCAGAAAAACAAGUUUGUCUUCCUGGCACUAUAGUGCUCCUUUAAGUGAUCUUUAAAGUUUUUUUAAAAGAAUUGCUCUUUCUUAUUGUACUUGAGCAUAUUCAGCUCUUAUUUGCUCGUGGUAGUAUGUGUGAACUGCAGUGCAUUAACUAGCAGAAACUAGUUCUAAAACCAUGAAUAUAUCAAACUAAGGGAUUCGGUUAGAUUCUGAAACAAGUUUGCAAACAUGUUUUUCCUUUGAAUUUAGCAUCCCAACUAACAGAACGAUUUAAUUGUAAUGACAUCGAUAUAAACUUCUGUAAGAUGGCUUCUGAAGCAUCUACUCUAAACUUUCAGUAGAAAACUAAAAGGAAGCUGGAUAAUACAGAAGAGAUCCAAGUUUCCUCUUAACACAGGGAUACAAUCUGCAAAUAUUUACCCAGAGUAGUGCGUUGUAGAAGGCUCAUUACAGCCAUUUGUGACAGGGUUGUAUUACACUUGCAUAGAAAAUGUUUAGAAAUUAAACCAUAUAGAAUAUUUUAUUUUUAAUGUUUUCUUAUUCGAUUUGUUUUCUCUUUUCUCUAGGAAGACACAUUUCAGCGUUAUGUGAGGCCGGAAAUCAAGACUAAUCUUUCUGAAUUCUGCAUUACACUUACAGGAAUUACUCAGGUGUGUGUGUAUAUAUACAUUAUUAUUGCAAUGUAUAUAGUGCUAACAUUUUUCCGUAGAGCUUUACAAUAUUAUAAGAUGGGGGAUUUAACUAUAUAAAUAGGAUAUAUAUAUUCAUGUCUGUAGUAACUAAAUGUGUUCAUUGUCAUACUCGGUGCUUGUUCUUUUCUACAGAGAAAAUCUGUUAUGUGAUAGCUACUACUAGACAAAUAACUUCUAAAUGGGCACUCUAAUCCCGUAACCACUGCAAUGCGUUGUGGUUUAUGGUAUCAGUGUGCCCAUUUAGAAGGUGCUAGCCCCUGUUUCUGUUAUACAGUUUAGAAGUGGUUUGCCACAGAGUCCAAGGCACCAGCAAAAUGGCUUUUUACCUCGCCUGAUUGCUAAUGCAGACGUUUCACUUCUACAUUAGUAUUUCUUUUUUUUUUUUUUUUUUUUUUUUUUUAAAAUUUUAAGCAUUUAUUAGCGAUGACAUGAAACAUUAAUAAUCUAGCAAAUGCCAUACCACAGGCACUUGGGGAUCCUCUGUGUCCUACUGCUCAAAGUAGGUGUAGACACCCACAGUCUUCAAGCACCAUAACCACAAUAGAGGGCCAGUUGUAGUGAUUAUGGCAUUUGAUAAAGCCAGGUUGUGAAAUAAAAGCAGCUCAAUCAGUGCUGUUGGUUCACGGACUGUGUGCAUGUCUUUCUGGCAUUGGGUUGCGUAGCUAAGGCCAAUUUUUAGUGAAUGUUCUGGGUAUUUUUUUUUUUUUAUAAAUAUAACUCUGUGGGUUGUCUUGAUAAAUACACCUACACUUAUUCCUGUCAAAAUCGAUUUUUCUUUUAGCUGGCUUUUCAAACUACUUUUUUUUUAUUUAUUUUUUUUAUAUAUCAUCCUGACAGGACAUUGUAGACAGUGCAGAUACGUUUCCUGAAGUUCUUCGUAGUGUUGUUGACUGGAUGCGAGAAAAGGAACUCGGAACAAAGUACAAAUAUGCAAUCCUCACUGACGGGUAUGAUUUAGAGCCUUAAGCUGAAUGCGGUUACUUGUUUUAUUAAAUGAUUUUGGGCUACAAGAGUUGGGCAGUUUGUCUGAAAGAAAGUGAUCUUUGCAGGCAUAUAUGGCAUAGUAAUGACGGUGUCCAAUACUGGACAUAUUUGUGCCUGUAAUAACCUGAUGGCAUUUUUAUGACUGCUAUUUCUUAAAAAAAAAAAAAAAAAGGGUCCAGAAUGUGUUCUUUGGACUACAGUAGGUACGGACUCAAAGUACCUGUGCUUUACAGGUCAUUUCAGACUAAAAUGCCGUCUGCAUUUUCUUGCAAGGUAUGGCAGCAGUUGAUUGAAGUACGUCUUAUUGCUGUUUCAACUAGUUAAUAAGACAAAGUAGUCGAUAUUGUCUCAACCUUUUUUAAUUGAACUUUUUUUAAUGAAAUUCUGGUAUUGCAUAUGAGUAUUUUUCUAUUUUAUUUGCUUUUUAAAACUAUGUAACGGUGUGUCUUCAAGACCUAAAUAGCCUGCAAACUACAUAAUUUUUGUUUGGAUUUUCCUAACACUUAAAUCUUAGCUGUGUUUGUAAUACUAUAUAAUACACUGCCUGGCCAAAAAGUCACCACCUGGAUUUAACUAAGCAAAUAGAUAAGAGCCUCCGAUUGGAUAGUUACUGUUUGGGUGAUUAUCUUUCGAAUGGCAACUUUUAUUUUUUUUUUUUCUGAUGGCACUGGCAUAUUCCAAGAUGACUAUGCCAGGAUUCAUCAGGCUCAAAUUGUGAAAGAGGGGUUCAGGGAGCAUGAGCUGUCAUUUUCACAUAUGGAUUGGCCACCACGGAGUCCUGACCUUAACCCCAUUGAGAAUCUUGGGAUGUGAUAGAGAAGGCUUUGAGCAGUGGUCCGAGACUCUCCCAUCAUCAAUACAAGAUGUUGGUGAAAAAUUCAUGCAACACUGGACGGAAACAAAUCUUGCGACAUUGCAGCUGAUUGAAACAAUGCCACAGCGAAUGUGUGCUGUAAUCAAAGCUAAAGGCUGUCCAACAAAAUAUUAGUGGGGUUUUUUUUUUGGCCAGGCAGUGUAUAAUACUAUAAUGAAACAAUUUAUUUAUUUUUGUCCCUGAUUUUUAACUCAUUCUCUUGAAAAGAACAGACCUUUUGCUUAGUAGGAUCUGCAUUGUAUAUACGCAUUUAUUCAGUACUUGGCACAUUUGCUCCCUCAGAGUACAGAAAAAUGUGCUUAAUAUACAGAAAUUGAGUUAAUUGUAACCAUAGCUUGUAGAUUAAAUAAAGCUUAAGUGGCAUUCAAGUAACAAGCAGUUGACCUUCCAAAUCAAGUAUAUAUGUGUAAUAUAUAGAUAUGGAGCAAUAGAUUAAUAUGAUUUUUUUUUUUUUUUUUUUUUUCUGGUUGACAUCUGUCACAAUAAUCUUUGCUAAUUGUACUGCAUACUUUUUGCAUUUUAGAUCUUGGGACAUGAGCAAGUUUCUGAAUAUGCAAUGUCAUAUUAGCCGCAUUAAAUACCCUCGUUUUGCUAAGAAGUGGAUCAAUAUACGCAAGUGUUAUGGGAAUUUUUACAAGGUCUGUACAAGCUACGACAUUACAAACCAUUUUGUUUAAAGUCUGCACAGAUGGGAAAAUGUAGAUAUUAAACAUAAAACAGAAUGUAAACAAUUGUUCUAGGAUGGCUGAAAGUAAAAUGUCAUUCUGUCUUCUCUUCACUGGAUGAUCUUGUUCUACUCAUGGCAGUAUCUCUCUUGCUCCCAAAAAUUUUAUUUGAUCAGAAAAGACAAACUUUUUGUUUUAUCAUCAUUGAUAACCAAAUGGCAAAAAAGUGUCCAGCAAGCUAUUAACAGAUAUAAGAAAUUCUAAAUUAAACAGAAUUUGCCAUAAAUUAAGUGUAAACCUUAAAUGACACUUUAUAGGAAAUAUUCAGGUAGGCUGUGUAAAUCGUUUGCAAGGAAUAGUGACUGGCUGUGGAAACAGUCAUUUAAUUCCUAAAUGGCAGAUAAUUUGAGCAGUUAGACUGCAGAGGCAUGAUAUGUUAAAGUUGUUUUGGUGACUUGGUCAUUCGUGUUUUUUUUAUAAAUAUUCUUGAUUUUUCAAAAAGGCAUGCAAACAUUUCUCAUUCAGAAUGACCAAUGUGUACAGGGUUAACUAAAAACAUCGGUAUGUAUAUCAUUACAUGUGGCAUUUCGUUGUUACAUUAAAAUAGGCGACUCGGCAACAAUGCAUCCGUUAUGAGUGGUCACACGUAGGUGAUCAACAGGUCAGAGUCUGUACAUUAUUAGAGCAAUAUGUCUGCAGCCUCAGUUUUAAACUUUGAUUAGAAAAAUAAAUAGAGGGGAAAAGAAUGAAGAGUCUGGGCGAAAUUAGAGAAGUUAGUGAACUACCUCUGUCUGUCCUGUGGGGGACUUGGUGUCCUUUUUAACUUUAUCCUACUGCUUACCUGGCUUCCAGUCACCACUCUGUGUAAUCUCACCGGACAAUAAUCUGUUAGUGUUUUAGUCAUGAUGGAGAAAAUUAGAAGAUAAAAUAAAUCUAUUGCUAUCCAAGUUGAAAUCUACCAGUUUGUUUGGAUAGACCUUAAGAUCCCCACUUUUAAUUGUUAACUAAAGAUUGAUAAUGUUUUCAGUUGGUUAGAAAGCUCUGAAGUAGAACCUAAUCCCGUACUAUAACAUUAUGGAUCUGAUCUGAUGUGAUUGUGUUUACUGAAACCCACCUCCCCUUAGUUUACGGUUUUGCAAUUUUCUAUGUCAGGUGCCAAGGACCCAAACCAAGCUGACAACCAUGUUGGAAAAGUUGGGAAUGAAUUAUGAUGGCCGUCUGCACAGUGGUCUGGAUGAUUCUAAGAACAUAGCCCGGAUUGCUGUUCGAAUGCUUCGAGAUGGCUGUGAACUGCGUGUUAAUGAGCGGUUGCAUGGAGGGCUGCUCGUGAAUGUAUGUAGCUCCUUGCCAUUUGAAGGGGCUCCUGUUGCUCAAUAUCCAUGCUUUAAAAACUAGCCUUUUCCCUGCUGCUUUGUAUAUACUCAGUGUUUAUUUUUUUUUUUUUUGUUUGUUUGUUUAGGAGCUCCUUACACAAUUUUACAAAAAUUUGUAAGUUCUCGCAAAAGAUUAAGAUUUGCAUUUUUGACAUGCUUUUUAAAUGUGCACUUGUGAUUUAUUAACUAGGAAAUGCAAUGCUUAAAAUGGAUUGUGUUUUUUAAUGUCUUUAAUAAAUGAAUCUGAACGGACAAUAUCCUGGGGAAUUCGUGAUAUUUGUAAUAUAGCUUGACAAUAAAUAUUGUUUGUAUUAAUUUAAAGGUGUGCAUUAUUGACACUUUUUCUAUAUUUAAAUAAGCUGUACAUUUGUAA